AAAUUGCAGGGAAAAAGCUUUCCACAUUCUUUAAUUUAAAUUCCGACUGCAGCAAUGGCCGUCAACUUCCUGUGCGACAUUGUCGUUUGCCACUUGGAGCUGCCCCAUACGGAGAUCCGCGAACCAAAGCACCUGCAGGUGGCCGUGCACUUUGGCAAGGUGCCCCUGAGCCUCACCGCCAGCUGCAUCAACGUGCGGGAGUUCACGCCCACCAGUCAGACCGAGUUCAAGGACAGUGCCAAAGCGUUGAGGGAAACCCUGGAGGCCAAUGGGCUGCCCAUCACCGUGCGACUGGCUGCCAGCACCCUGGGCAGUGGCAAGGUGGAGCUCCCGCAGGACUUUACCGAUCGCAUCAGUGAGCAGAUGGGCGACGUGAUGUUCGGCGGUUCCUGCGAGCUGCGAAGCCGUGAAGGGGUUGUCGGCACCGUGGAAGUCAUGCUGCGACUCACCAUCAAGUGCGAGGAUCCAAAAAUAGAACCCGACACAGGCAGCAAGAGACGUCCCACGUGUGUCAAUCUGGGACCGUCCAUCAACCAGCAGGACAUUAUGUUUAUGAUUGGUUCCCCCGAAAGGUGUGAAAUUCCUUCAGAUCCAUGCGACGAUCAACUAGAGACCGAGCCAGGCGAUGAGCGUCUUGAAUUGGAUCUCUCGCGCUAUCGAAGCUCGAGACUGAACUCGAGGGUCGACUACGAUGAGCCCGAGCCGCAGGAGAAGUCUUACUUCGGACGCCUGCGGCAGCUGACAGAACAGUAUGGAGGCAUCAUUCAGUCGGUGGUCGAUAGGGUCAAAGACCUUAAGCCAUCCCCCUGUACGAUGCGUCGACUCGAAGAGGAUUCGCCAUCUCGCAGGAUGUCCGUUCAUGCCCAAGAGGAACGCACUAUACCCGUGCCACUGGGCGACACGGAGAAGCUGGAAAUCAAGACAAUCCGCUUCUGUCCCAGGUGUCUGCACUCCAUGUCCUGGCUGCCCAAGUACGCCGCGUGCCACAGCUGCGGCACGAAGCCAAUGCCAGUGCUGGGGCCGCGGCACACGGUGGAGCUGACAGCGGACAAGAUCAUCGAGGAGCAGCUGCGCAAGGGAAAAGGCAACUCAGAGAAUGAAGAUUUCUGCCACGAUCCCUGCGACAAGAAAAAGCAGCAGAUGGGUGGGGCCGGGGACGGGGUCGGUUGGAGGGCCAGUUGCUGCACCUGCACGAGCGGCAAAAAGUGUGUCCGCUGCCGCAUAAGGAAACUUUGCGAAGAUUUAUUUCAGCCACAGGAAAAGACCGAAAAUGAGUGCCCCAAGCCGCAGACGGGUCAAGAUUUUGCGGUGAUCACUGGUCCCCCGGAGAAUUGUCGUCCGUACCUCACACGCGUAUUCUCCGAACUCAUCAAUCUCUAUCAGAUUAACGCUGCUCGGAAGGCCAAGGAACUGCAGGCGCGCUGCACUCAGUCUAUGCCGACAAUGCCCAGGCCCAGCAAGAGAAAGUUAGAGAGGGAGCAGGCGGCCACCGCGAUGCACCGAGGUGUCUCCGUAGGUGCCUUGGAGGAGCGCCACAAGUCGGGCCACAAAAAGUGUCUGUCCGGCGAUAGAGUAGUGCCACGGCGCCACGGCUGGGGCUGGAUGAACACCGAUGAGGCACGGAAGCAUGGCUGGCGUCCCGGUGUCAUUGCGCGAUCCACCAGCAGAGUGAUGAAGUUCUUCCUGGAUCAAGAGGCGCACCGGAGUGGGUUUAGCGUGUGCCGGGAGCUGGCAGACAAGAACAAGGAGAUGGAGCUCCAAAGCCAGUCCGUGCUGAAUGUGUGCAAGCGGAACCACGAGAUCUUCGUGACCCUGCGCCCGCUCAGCACACUGGGAGUGGAGCAGCAUCCCAUCACCUUCAGAAUCGUCAAGAGCGAGCUGGCCCGGGCUCUAAGCGAGCUCAAGCGACACCUCAAGGCGAAGGGCUUCGAGAAAUGCACCUGCCACCAGAGAGAGCCCUGUGCCGAUCGCCUGAUCCUCACGGACACCAGUGACAGCGAGAUGGAGUUCGAAUUUGAUGUCACGCCACCCGCGGGCACCCACAGGCAGUCCAGGAGGAAGAAGCGCACCUUCAACCACGGGACACAGACGAGCAAGAAGGACCAAGCGCCGCCUCCACCACUCUACCCCAUCCAGCAGAGUCGGUACUGGCGCGCCUUCGACUGCGGAGUGGGUGAACGCUACAUGGGCACUGCCUUUGGCGACCAUCUGGAGACUGCUUUCGAGGACGGUGUCUUUGGCUACCUGGGUGGGGGCCAGCACGGCGAAGCGCCUACGCGUAGGCAUCCCAGAGUCUGGGGCACAAAUCCAGCCGCCCCCCUGCGCCUUGGCCGGGGUCGCAACGAGGACAACUUCAAUCGAUUUAGUGGCACAGCCUGGCGCGGCUUAGCACGCAGAGUAAUAAGGAAAAUGCGAAUUGCGGCUAAAAAUAAAUAAACAGUGAAUAAGUAGAUA